ACUUGACAACGCACGCAAGCCAAACGGCCCGGGAGCCGAGCACACACAGCACUCUCAUGCUGCGGGACCCGGUCAGGAUAGCGGAGACACUGCAAAAACUAGGAGGCGGCAUCCUCGUCACCGUCUUCUUCGUCUUGGAAAAACUUGCGGCGAGCUCCUUUCCUUCAUGGGCCAGAGGAGCAGCCGCAGGAGGGGAGGAGCUGCCCGAUGGUAGCAAGGGGGAGCCCGGAGGGGAUUCCACGUUGGUGAACGCGUUGAAAUGCAAUGAAGAUACGUUGAGGUUUCUUGUCCACUAAAAAGGUUUUGGAGACCUGUGCUCUUGUAUGAAGAGAGCAGGGCCAACACUGUCGCUUCACUGAAUCUGUCGAAUAUUAGCCGUCUCGCCCAUGCUCCUUGAGCUGGUAAUCUUCUAUUGGUUAGCA